UGUAUUAUUCGCAGCGCUGUAUUCAUCCGAGAGAAGCUACUUGCUGAGAAGCAAUACUUCGUUAGAGUUUUGUAAAAUCCUUUGCAAACAAACAGACAAUAACGCCAUGAAGACUUGCAGUUUUUUUGUUAGGUUUACCCUCGCUAUUGCCAUGGUGAAUGGAUUCAGCACCGAGGAACGUGUAAAACGUUUCUUUCGCCCAGAGCAUAGAGCACUUCUGCCGGAUUUAACCAGCUUUCAGAUCGAAGACGAGAAUAGCGUGGCGCGUGUUCCACAGAACGAUGAUUCCACUCAGUGUCUCGCCCGCUGUGAGCCAGAGUGCCAAAAGUUAGACGUGCCGGAUUUUUUAACAAAAAACACCAGCUUCCAUAAAUUUCAAGAGAUGCCUACCAACUGUGUCCUGGCUUCUACUAUCGUUUUCAACGAAAAUCCAUUGUACAAAUGUCAGUUUAUGUUGCUGUACUUGUUCGAUUGCUGCCGAUAUUGUAACGCAGUCCACAAGAAAUGUUUGGAUCAAAAUGGGGCUUUAAACGGCGGUCCAGAGUACUGCUAUCGUCAGUCCUUCAAUUGUAUGGGUAAAUGCAUAGAAAAGAACUCACCACCAGAAAUCGCCCCAUUCCCUUAAAUUCCUGGAGAACUCUUUCAAUUUUUCCUAUGCUGUGGCAUUAAUUUACCGAACGGUAUAUCUAUCCUAUUAAGGGAAGUUUUUUUCCUGAUCAGUUCAUUGUUAGCAUUGCUAAAUAGUUUUAACCUCCAGUACUUCAAAAUCAACAUUAGCAAGUAAUUCCCUCCAUGUAACGAAGUUUUUGUAACCUAUUGUCAAAAUAAAUGUUUGAUACGAAA